AACAUCAGUAUUUAAUGCGAGUUCUAAUACUGCGCAUGCCAGUGUUGCUACAACUUUCGAAAUUGAAACAUUUCGUUUAAUUUCUGUUUUUCAUUGUGUGAAAUAUUCCGAUUAGUUGCGAAAUUGUGAGAAAUUAGCAAUAUGGCUUUCGGUAAGCAAAGCGAAGCACAAAUGCGCAAUGAUCUACAAUCUGCGUUAAAUGAUGCAACAGCACCACCGCCAGACUAUAUUUCAACCGAAAAUGUGACCACUAUGCAGCCUGGAUCCAGAGGAGCACCGAUCUAUGGUGAUAUGCCAUCAUCGAUACCGACUUUCACGCCCAUCUAUACGAAUCAAAAUCCACCGGUUGGUCCAAAAUCAGUGCGCUUGCGGUGCCCACAAUGUAAAUGUAUGGUGGACUCGCAAGUUAGACAUCGUUCAACGGUCAAGACGCAUUUGGCCUGUUUGCUGCUCUCGUGGACGUGCUGUUGUUGUUGUCUGCCAUACUGUAUGGAUACUUGCCGCAAUGCCAAUCAUUUUUGCCCGAUGUGCAGUACUUUUAUUGGGACCUAUGAAUCCUAAAGCAAGAAGUUCAAAAGAAACUAUGCAGUUAAUGCAGAAAUGACAGAUAAGAGACGAGUGGUUUAAGUUCCGUUCAUUUCCUUCGAUUUCACCUACAUACAAAAGUGUCCAGGAAAUUUCAAUAUUCUUAUAUAUAUAUUUACAUAUUGACAAAAGAUAUUAUUGUAAAAUAAAAUAAAGUGCAUUAACGUGGACUGCGUUCACGCACGGCAACUCCA